ACUUUGUUUUAUCACGUGUGUGAACCUGAACGCACCACAACACUGAGACGGUAACCAGCAGCUUAACCAGGUCCACACUGUGAGACAGGCUGAUUUAAAGGAUCAUGUAACUCUUCCAACCUGCAGCAGGAACUGGAGGUGUUUGUUGUGAGUCCUGUCAGUCAUAUAAUUCAUCACUGAGACUGUUCUGGAAAAGAGCGGGAAGCCAGUAUCAUGACCACGAGCUGAAACUGAUGCAGUCAGUAAUGACUCCUCCUUCAUGAAGGGCAUGGUGUUGGUGUGGAUCCAGCCACUUCAUUUCUCUGGUACCAGAACCUGGUCCAGGUCUGAGACUGAAGCAAGAGCAGUGCACACCACGAUGACUGACCACUGAAGAACAAGUGAAGCAGACGUGGCGGUGCCCAUGUGUCUCUGCUUCCUGCUGGGGAACGACGAGGAGGCGGUUCUGGACCAGGGGAAGACCAGCUCCACCCUCCACACCAACUUUGAGAAAGAGGAACUGGAGAGUCACAGGGCGGUGUACGUCGGGGUUCACGUUCCUCUGGGCCGUCAGAGCCGGAGACGGCAUCGCCACCGAGGACACAGACAUCACCGGAAACGACGGGACCGCUCAGACCGAGAGGACGGACGAGAGUCGCCCAGUAACGACACGCCGUCUCAGAGAGUCCAGUUCAUCCUCGGGACGGAGGACGAUGACGAGGAGCACAUCCCCCAUGACCUGUUCACCGAGCUGGACGAGCUCGCCUUCAGAGACGGAGAGGUCCAGGAGUGGAAGGAGACGGCCAGGUGGUUGAAGUUUGAGGAGGAUGUGGAGGACGGCGGUGAACGUUGGAGUAAACCAUACGUGGCCACGUUGUCUCUUCACAGUCUGUUCGAGCUGCGCUCCUGCAUCCUGAACGGCACCGUGCUGCUCGACAUGAGAGCCAACACCAUCGAGGAGAUCGCAGACAUGGUGAUUGACAGCAUGCUGGUGUCGGGUCAGCUAGAGGAGGGCGUUCGAGAGAAGGUGAGGGAGGCCAUGUUGAAGCGUCACCACCACCAGAACGAGAAGAAGCUGAGCAACCGAAUCCCGCUGGUUCGAUCCUUCGCCGACAUAGGCAAGAAACACUCCGACCCCCAUUUACUGGAACGCAACGGCGACAUCUCUGACCCGUUCGGACAUCUCCUCCCUCCCUCGCUGCCUCCUCCCACUAUGUAUCCUCAUGGCUUCUCGGAGCCCCCCCUCGCCCACUCCCUCCAUGACGCCCCUCCCUCCAGCUCUCCACAUCGCUGCUCUGCUCCGGAGGGGCUGUGUCAAGGGAUCCCUGAGGUGGUGGUUCACCCCCCUGAAGAGGAGGACCAGGACCAGGGCCAGGACCAGGGCCAGGGCCAGGACCAGGACCACCUCUCCUGUCAGGAGAGUCUCUCAGGUCUGCUGGCGUCUCCUCAGUCGGCUCCAGGAAACCUCGACAACAGCAAACAUGGAGAGAGUCGCAUCAACGGAGGCAGCCGUGAAAACAGCACAGUGGGCUUCAGCAAGGACUGCGACUGUGUUUGUUUGCUGCCAGCGGUCGGCAGGAAACCCGCCGUGGACAUGAACUUCAUGAAGAAGAUUCCUCCUGGAGCCGAGGCCUCAAACGUCCUGGUGGGCGAGGUCGACUUCCUGGAGCGACCCAUCAUCGCCUUCAUUCGCCUGUCCCCCGCUGUGCUGCUGACCGGCCUCACCGAGGUCCCUGUGCCCACCAGGUUUCUCUUCCUGCUGCUCGGCCCGUUUGGAAAAGGUCCACAGUACCACGAGAUCGGACGCUCCAUCGCCACGCUGAUGACAGACGAGAUCUUCCAUGACGUGGCGUACAAAGCAAAGGACAGGAACGACCUGCUGUCAGGGAUCGAUGAGUUCCUGGACCAGGUGACCGUGCUGCCUCCAGGUGAAUGGGACCCCAGCAUCCGCAUCGAACCCCCAAAGAGCGUCCCAUCUCAGGAGAAGAGGAAGAUGGCGUCUGUCCCUAACGGCUCUGCCUACAGCUCUGACAUUGGGAAGGAGGCGGAGCAUCACACUGGACCAGAGCUGCAGAGGACGGGGAGGAUCUUCGGGGGUCUGGUGAACGACGUGCGGAGGAAAGCUCCCUUCCUGUGGAGUGACAUCAGAGACGCCGUCAGUCUUCAGUGUUUGGCGUCCGUCCUCUUCCUGUACUGCGCCUGCAUGUCGCCCGUCAUCACGUUUGGAGGACUGCUGGGAGAGGCCACCAAAGGAAACAUAAGUGCCAUAGAGUCUCUGUUCGGGGCGUCUCUGACGGGCGUGGCCUACUCUGUGUUUGCCGGUCAACCGCUCACCAUCCUGGGCAGCACCGGUCCGGUCCUGGUCUUUGAGAAGAUCCUCUUCAAGUUCUGCAGUGACUACGGCCUGUCCUACCUGUCUCUGAGGACCAGUAUUGGACUGUGGACCGCCUUCCUGUGCCUGCUGCUGGUCGCCACGGACGCCAGCUCUCUGGUCUGCUACAUCACCCGCUUCACUGAGGAGGCGUUCGCCGCCCUCAUCUGCAUCAUCUUCAUCUACGAGGCUCUGGAGAAGCUGGUCCACCUGGGGGAGCUCUACCCCAUCAACAUGCACAACCAGCUGGACAACCUGACCUUCUACACGUGUCAGUGUUCUCCUCCAGCCAACGUCUCAGCUGAACACCAGCAGAUCUGGAGCAAGAGAAACUUAACCUCAGGAGACAUUGAGUGGGAGCAGCUGAGUGUGAAGGACUGUGGGGAUUUACACGGGGAGUUCGUUGGCUCGGCCUGCGGCCAUGAUGGUCCCUAUGUCCCUGACGUCCUCUUCUGGUCCGUCAUCCUCUUCUUCACCACCUUCUUCCUCUCAUCCUUCCUCAAACAGUUCAAGACCAAGAGAUACUUCCCCACCAAGGUUCGAUCGACCAUCAGUGACUUUGCCGUCUUCCUGACCAUCAUGAUCAUGGUGCUGGUGGAUUAUCUGGUGGGAGUCCCUUCACCCAAACUCAACGUACCCGACCGCUUCGAGCCCACGUCCAACACUCGUGGUUGGCUGAUCUCCCCGCUGGGAACGAACCCCUGGUGGACGCUGCUGGCCGCCGCCGUCCCCGCCCUCCUCUGCACCAUCCUCAUCUUCAUGGACCAACAGAUCACAGCCGUCAUCGUCAACAGGAAGGAGAACAAACUUAAGAAAGGCUGCGGCUACCACCUGGACCUGCUGGUUGUGGCGGUGAUGCUGGGCGUGUGCUCUAUCAUGGGCCUGCCGUGGUUCGUGGCGGCGACCGUUCUCUCCAUCUCCCACGUCAACAGCCUGAAGCUGGAGUCAGAGUGCGCGGCGCCCGGCGAGCAGCCCAAGUUCCUGGGCAUCAGAGAGCAGAGAGUCACCGGCUUCAUGAUCUUCGUCCUGAUGGGCUGCUCCGUCUUCAUGACCUCCGCCCUCAAGUUCAUCCCGAUGCCGGUCCUGUACGGAGUCUUCCUCUACAUGGGCGUGUCUUCGCUCAAAGGCAUUCAGCUGUUCGACAGGAUCAAGCUGUUCGGCAUGCCGGCCAAACACCAGCCGGACCUCAUCUACCUGCGCUACGUCCCACUGUGGAAGGUCCACGUCUUCACCGUGGUGCAGCUGUCCUGCCUCAUCGUCCUCUGGGCCAUAAAGGCCUCCGCCGCCGCCGUCAUCUUCCCCAUGAUGGUUCUGGCUCUGGUCUUCAUCAGGAAGCUUCUGGAUUUCUGCUUCACCAAGAGAGAGCUGAGCUGGCUGGACGACCUGAUCCCAGAGAGCAAGAAGAAGAAGGAGGAUGACAAGAAGAAGAAGGAAAAGGAGGAUGCUCAGCGGAUGCUGGAGGAAGCGGAGGACGAUCCUCCGUACGACAGAGGAGACGUCAUCAAAAACUUGAAAGGACGCGUGGACCCAUCAGAGGUGAACAUCUCAGAUGAAAUGGCCAAAAGCGGGAUUUGGAAAUCAGUCUCCAUGAACUCUGACAGCAGCAAAGCUCUGAGACGCUGCAACAGCCUGGAGAAGCUGCCGAGCGUCCAGAUAAACGUGGAGAACGAGGAUGGUCGGAGAGUCGUGGACGCUGAGACAUCGCUAUGAUCGAGCAGCGCUGGGGGGGGGGGCUGCUGUUACUGAUGGGACCCUGCAGUCCUUCAUCUUCUGAACUGAGGUGAAAGGUCAUAAGAGGACCAAUCAGGCUUCACCUCGUCGUGCUGUACUUCUUAUCCUGCGUUUCCUCGGACGAAGGUGACAUUUUAUUUUCUCAUCGUUUUAUGGUGAAACACGGAGACUCCGCCACUGGGAGCAAAUAUGGCCGCCACUUAUGGAAACAGCUUCCUCAGGUUUCUUUGGUUGGUUUUUAACUGGGCGGUCCACUGCUGCGCUGUGAUUGGCAGCUUAAGCACAGACUCAAUGGACACCUCAUUUUUCCAGACUGAUGAUCUGAAAACACCUGAAACUUAAUUUCAGUUUUAAAUUUUCUGUUUCUGCUUUGAUGAAGCAGAUGGACUCUUCACCUCCAACAGAGUUUUUAUUUAAUCAUCAUGCUGAUUUCACUUGUACGUGUCAGUGAGUCUGAGUGUUUUAUAUAUGUGUGUGUGUGUGUGUGUGUGUGUGUGUGUGUGUGUGUGUGUGUGUGUGUGUGUGUGUGUGUGUGUGUGUGUGUGUGUGUGUGUGAUCACUGUCGUACCUCACCUUGUUGCCUGCAGUGGCCGACCAGAUGACGUCACAGUCGCUGUCAGUUUCUUGGUAAAGCUUAAAUAAAAUCAGUUUGGUGAUGACGA